GUCUUUCUCUCCUGAUCCCCUUUCCCUCGUCGACGGCCCGUCUUCAAAUCUACUCUCACUCUCUCAAACUCGCACCUUCUCACGUACAAUUCUUUUGCAUCCAAACUUCCUAGCCCGUCGCCUUCGCGACCAUCUCAUCGCUUGUAGUUGACGGCCAGCGUCGUCUCCUCGUUGCGUUCCGCUGCUUCCGAGCUUUCCUGUUCCGGACGCUAACAGCGAGCUGACGCGGACAAUCUGCCUAGGCGACAAGACACACAACCUUGGCCGUCUGCCUUGAGGAUAUCAUAGUAUCUCCACUCUCGAUUGCGCCCUUCGACUGAGACGUCGACAUAGUCGUCGUCGUCGCCGUCGCUCAUUGUUUACCAUUGGCUCAUCAACUCAGCGCGGCCAUGUCAACCACACACUUCCCUUCCAUGGCUUUUCAACCUCAGCAUCAACCCCAGAACCAAUGCGUCGACCCGUCCGACAUGGAGAACUGGGUUGACUUCAGUAACCUGGCCUCGCCUACACCCGGUUCCAGUAACGGAAAGGGCAAGAUGCCUGCCGUCACCUCGAUGUCGCAUUCGACCAUGGCAAGCCCGACUAGCACAGCGCUUCCGUUGGACGCUGACGAUCAGGCACCCAUCGCUCCCAGCCACGACUACGGACGCUUCAAGCAGCAGACUGGUCUGCCAACCGGUUCCAUCGCCGGCCUGCGCCCGCUUAACGACGACCAGAAUAUGUUCGGUAGCUUUAACAGCGGCAUCGAUGAGUCCAGCUUUGGCUUCUUCGAUGGCAUGGGCUCGCAAAGCGGCCUCGGAUCCAUGACCGGCGACCUGGCAAUGGACUCCUCGCUGCCUCCAUUUUUCUACCCGAACGACUCUCAGGCAAGCGCCGAGGAUUUCGUCGAUCCCACUGCUAUUCAGAAGCAGGAGGAGGCCCAGGCCAACAUCAGGUACUAUCCUGGCAUGCACCAGCAGGUGGCCCAGAUGCGUGCUCAGCAGCAGGCUGCCGCCCAGCGUCAACAGAUGAUUGCUGCGCAGCAAAAGCAACAGCGUGAAGCACGCAAGGCUAGUCCCAUUGACGCCCACGCUGAGGAGACAAUUGCCCGUGUCGUCAACCAAAUCCGCCAAAACAGCAUGAUGCAUGCGUCCAUGUCACCCGAGCACCCAGUGAUGCCGACCAUGGUUCGCAAGCAGAAGGACGAGGAUGAAAUGGACGAAGACGAGCGAUUGCUCAAUUCGGAGGAAGGCAAGAAGCUGUCGAGCAAGGAGCGUCGACAGCUCCGUAACAAAGUGUCCGCUCGUGCAUUCCGCUCAAGGAGAAAGGAAUACAUCGGUCAACUUGAGGGCGAGGUCGCAUUGAAGACCAACGAAGUCAACGAACUUAGACUUCAAAAUCGCGCUCUCAUGGAGGAGAACGCACGGUUCCGAUCUCUGACCGAAAAGCUUCUCGCCCACCAGGCUUUCCGCCCCUUCCUUGAGGAGCUUAGCCGCGACCCGGAAAUCGCCUCAUCCUUUGCGGCUGUAGUCUCUAAUUCAACGAGUGCUGCAGCGCAGUCCGCCACCCCUCAGCCUCAGAUCAAGAAGGACGUCAAUCCCUAUGGUCAACCGCAGCAGUUCGGGGGCAACCAGACACAGCAUGUAGGAAUGACCCUCGUUCCGGAACCACAGGUCGACUUUUCCCAACUCAGCUGGAAUAUGGGCAACAUGGGCCUAAGCAACUUUUCACAGCCACAGGUCUUCGCUGUGACCUCCGUCCCCGACGAGCCCGUCGACGUUCCCGCACUGUCUGGUAAAUAUUCGUCCGAGGAAGACGCUGAAGCUCCCGCGUUUGAGGAGACCAAGAAGAGCACUCCAGCCGCUGUAGAGUUGCCGGGCAAGGACGAAGUUGACACACUUGUCGAGGCUCAAGAGAUUGAGGUCACAACCACACCAGAGUUUGACGAGCAAGAUCCCGCAUACACGCUCUACGCCACUGCCACUGCGCCCUCUACCGUCAAUGCAGCGCAGCCUACCCUGGAAGACGCGAUCGCUCUCAUUGGUCAGCUGCCUACCUCUAAGACGUCUGUUUUUGACCUCGUUUCUCAGACUGAGACAGAAUCGGUGGAGAUGUCGCCCGUCUUCGAGAGAUCGUGUGCCCGGCUUGAUGCCGCUUGCCGACGGCUGGAUGCACUCUUUGCCAGCCUUCGCAUGUAAAGCGGCACGAGGCUCGCAGCUUGCGUUCCUAUGGCAAAAGGAAUGCUGUUUGUCUUAAUUUGUUCAUAAGCGCUGCAUUAUCUUCUCUGUCUUCAUAGAUCUUUUGUAUAUCUUAUCCGCUCUGUAACUGCCUCGAAGCUAACGCGGUCACGACUCUGCAUCAAAACAUUUCAUUUGUGUUCUACUGGCUGCCAUUCUCUGGGUGGGGAUAUCAGCGGCGUUGUACUUAGGUUUUUUGUGGUUAUGGAGCGUGCGGAAAGUGGGAAAUACGGUUUUGCUCACGCUCGGGGGUUCAUGUGUUUCGCAAGGAGGCCUGAGAUUUGCCCUUGCUGGAUAAGGAAAACACAGGUAUAUAGCGUAGUGAAGUAACUACAAUCCAAACUAUUUUCUAGCCA